AUGGCCGCUCCCAGACCCCCCAAGGGUAAGAAGAAUUUCAACGACAACAACUCUCCCAUCCAAGGAAACCGCGGAGGUCGUCCUCAGGCAUGGCGAGCAAGUGGUGGCUCAAACUACGCCAAUCCGGCUCGUCAGAAUUCUCAGGGCUCGCCGCUCUCGGGAGGCUCAGCUCCCAGAGAGACUGGCUACGACUCCAAGCUCCUGGCGACGCUGGCGACUGCAAAGGGCUCAUCGGUCAUUCUUGCGCUCAAAAACGGCGCACGCCAUGAAGGAAUUGUCGCCGGCAUCAUUUCAGAGGGCGACGCUGCUGGUGUCACUCUCAAGGAUUGCCGAGACCUUGGUGAUGCCUCAGCUACCGUGCGCGCAUCCUUUGUCGUUCCAGCCUCGAACAUUCAGUCCUGGUCCCCAAAACCGAGCAAUGGGAGAGACAGUUUCAGAACAGAUGUCGAUAUCUCGGCGACAGGUGCACAGAAUGGGCCCAGGGAGCGAGAACUUCAGCCGUGGCAACAGCCCGAGGGCACGACCGACGUUGCUGCCAGUCUAGCCGCCUUGCAAGGAGAUGAAGCUACAUUCGGACCUCCUGGUGCUUAUAGUGGCGUUCCUUGGGACCAAUUCGAGGUCAACGAACGCUUGUAUGGCGUCAAGACCAACUUUGACGAGGACAUUUAUACGACCAAGUUGGAUCCCAAUGCUCCUGGUUUCAAAGAGAGAGAACGAAAGGCCCAGCAGAUUGCCAAUGAGAUUCUGUCGGGGACCACGAACAAUCCUCACGUUGCAGAGGAGCGAAACGUCAACGGGACGGAGAAUGGAGUGGGCGAGGAAGAAAAAUAUUCUGCAGUCGUACGGGCACCUGGAGCGUAUGUACCCCCUGGUGCGCGUCGAAAUGGAGCAGGUGCAGCCGUCCCGCCUGCAACCGCUGCCUCCACCGGUGCCAGCGCCUCGGGUGGGACAUCUACUCCGGUCACAAAGGUCACACCUACUCCUACGCCUGCUCCCACCUCGGGUCCGGUACAAGCGCCUGCUGCCACAGGUCAAAAGACUGACGGCCCUGCUGCUACUGCUGCUACUGCUGCUACUGGGGCUCCUAAUGAAGGGCUUCUUGGCGACUUCCUCGAGUUUGUCACGAGCGAGAAGAACAGACUGGCUCAACGGAAACAAGCCAUGCUUCCACGACCUAUUCCCGAGGAUCUCGUGCCCAUCCUCGCCAAGGACGAGGAGAAGCAGAAAGCGAUCGUAGAAAAGGCCAACGCAGAGCUCCAGGCUGCACAACAAGCCCAGGCACAAGCAAAAGCCGCUGCCGCUGCGAAUGCAGUCACGAGCACAGCUGCGACCACCAAGGUUGCCUCUUCUCCAGGUCAAGCCGCGAAGCCAGGUGCUAAACCAGCGGCAACUGCUCCCGCUGACAGCUCUGCGGCCCCAAAGCCAAAGGGAGGCAUGUUCAUCCAGGAGAUUCCGCCGUUUAAUAGGAACAAGGUCCGCAAGCCUGGCACUCCUGCUGCUCCUGGUACGACUCCUUCCGGUCAACCAGCAGCUCCGGCAAUUCAAGCCACCCCGUCCUCGCCCACUACCGCGCAAGCAACCGCCAGGUUGAACGCGAAUGCAUCAGUCUUCAAACCAAAUGCGAAUGCACCUGUAUUCAAGCCUGUCUCACCAGGAGCAACGCCGCCUCCUCCAAAGGGCAAGGAGAAUGUGGCCAAGGAUGCUCCUGCCGUUGCGCAGACGGAACCACCCAAUCCAUUUUAUGGAGCACGAGCUCCAACCAAAAAAGGCGUGUCAGUUCAUCUCAAGGAAGACUUCAAUCCUUUCCGACAUAGCAAGGUCGUCGACGCCUCGCAAGUUUCAUCGAUAUGGCCAUAUAAUGGGAAACGAUUUGCAGCUCUCCAUCCGAUUCUCCCAGGUAUCCACCCAGCUCCUGGUAUCAAUAUGCCAGUCCCGCAAAUUUCAGGUCCACCAACGCAACCGCAUGAGGAAGAUCCUGCCGCGCAGCAGCAAGCUCACGGACAGCGACCGAUUCCUCCACAACAGCCAAUCCCUGCUCAGCAGCCGCAGCCACCGCAAGGAUACCCAAUGAUGUAUUAUCAGUAUCCAUACAGCCCUGCGCCCCAUGGACAGCAGCCUAUGAUGAUGCCCCCAGCAUCGCCAUAUAUGCCUAGCCAUUACAUGCAACCUGUAGCCUAUCCCCAUCAUAUGCCCCCGAAUGCUCCAAUGUAUGGACACCCACCGCCAGGCAUGGCAGGAGUCCCACCUACGCCCCAUUACAUGCCACAUACUCCAUACGGCGCUACCUCUCCUCCUCCCACUGGCACACCGCGAGGUCCAGGCCCCAUGCCUCCUCAACAAAUGCCUCCUCACACCUACUAUCACCCCAGUCCACAACUCACCCAUGCUAUGCCUUAUCCCAUGAUGAUGCCAUCGCAGCCAGGACCGCACUACGACCCCGCUACACAAGGACCUCCUCCAGUUGCCCCUCAACCUGCGCCUAUGGGUCACUAA